UCUUUAUUGUAGAAAGUAGGUUAUGUUUAUUUUCUAAUAUGUCCUGAAAUGAUUAUAAUAAGGUAAAACAGAUAAAAAAUGCUUAAAAAUGGAAGAUAAUAAAGAUACACCAGAAAGUGACUUUGGCAUUGAGUGCUUUCAAAAUUAUACCGCUCCUGAAGUAUUUAUUCAGGGUCUUGCUGGCAUUGUAAAUCAGCAAGAUGUAGAAACUAUGAUUAGGGCCCAAAAGCACAUGUUGCAACGAUUUGAGAAGACUAAUGAAAUGUUAACCAACUGUAAUGCACUUAGUGCAUCUCGUUUGAAAAUGAUUGGCCCAGAAUUCAAAGAACACAUAAAAUUAUUGCAAGAAAUGAAGAAGGACUUGGAAUACAUUUUUAAGAAGAUAAGAACCGUAAAAUCAAAGCUUUCCAUGCAAUAUCCUGAAGCAUAUACAGAAGCUUUAAGGAGUAGUGUUGCAGAAGAAUGUGAGGAGGAUGAACCAGUUAAUAGUGGAGAUAAUGAUAUACAGGAAUUAGAGGUCCAAUUAGAAGGCAGAAGUAUCAGUGAUAAGCCAGGAACCCAAAUACCACAUACAUAAUUCUACCAUUUCAGUUAGAAUUGUUUAAUGCUGUAUAAUGUAUUAGAUAUAAAAUUCAGAAGUAUUUAAUGCCAUAAAAUUACUUUUUGUAGUUAAAUUAAAUAAACAGAAGUAAUUUGG